AUGGAAAACGAAAAAUUGACGCUAGUAACAGAACUACAUAAACCCGCUAGAAAGAAUUAUCCAUGUCGUCCUGUGCAAAUGCGUGGUAUAGACGAGAUGUGCCAGGUAGAUUUGAUUGAAAUGCUACCUUAUGUCCAUGAGAAUAAUAGCUACAAGUACUUACCGUCAAACUUGAGAGCCGACUACAAGUGGAUAGAUAUCUUACCUACCCUAAUCUCCAAGUAUAACAAUAUCAAACAUCGAUCAAUCGGUAUGCAGCCAAAAGAUGUCACUGCCGAGGAUGAAGAGGAACUCAUGGAACUAUUUGAAAAGCAUCAAAAUAUACAGAGGACAAGGCCAAAGCUUAAAGUUGGUGACAGAGUUCGAAUCAGCAAGCACUAA